AUGACUACCAGAUAGUAUUCCAAUUCUAAUUUAAACACAAUUUCAAGCAACAUGAAUGGCAUCAUUACUGCAGCAGACAAUAAUUUAGUUAGAGCAGCUACAGCAGCAGACUAUUAGCUCUAUGGAGGCUAAAUAAACAAUUAAAUGAGUGGAAGGAAUAAAGGAUACUAGGAGGAUGUGAUGGUUAAAAACCAACAGUCUCUCAGAAGCCAUUACAAAGGCAAAUACUCUUUUAAAAGCAGUAAGUUAAAUAUAAAUAGACCAACAAGUAUGUAGGUCCUAGAAAAUAAUGGUAUACAUUGCCAUAAAGCAAAAUAUUUCCCUUCAUCUAAGCUCAGCUAGCAGCAGAGUGGUGAGCAGCAGCACUUUAAUGUCAUGCGGGCCCUCAAACCACAAAGAUCAAGCAAAGGCUUGCUUAAUUUUCAAAGAAUGGCAGCUGCUUUUGGAGAUGAUUUAAUUUCUGAGGACAUUAUUGAACUUAGUAGAAAUAAUAGCAACCAAGAUGCUUUAUUCUAGGAUAGACCAUUCCUACCUAUUCACUCCCCUUAAUAUUCUGAUAAAAUGUAUUCUGACAUUUAAGCAGAUUUAUAGAGCAAGUAAAAUGUUAUGAAUGCGACAGGAGAAUUUUCAGGCGCAAGUGAACGAAAAAUGAUUCCAGCUUUUGAUUGGAGGAAAGACUAAUAAUAAAAUCAACAAUCUAAGUAAAGAACAAACAUAAAUAACAAAGCUAACCAACAAAGCAAGCAAACCAAUCAAAAACCGAUACACAAAUAUAAAACAUUUAAGAAGCAAUUAGCAACUUUUCAGAGACAAAUGUAUAAUAGGAAAUAGAUGAAGUUGAUUACUUAACAGCAACAACAAAAUCAGAUAUCUCAGUCAUAGGAGAGACAUCUUCCAACCGACUCUUAAAUGAGUCAAACUCAUGAUCUUGGUUUGAAAAUUUCAAAUGCAAAAGCUCAUGAGACAUCUGCACUCAAUGAAAGCCCGAAAGAGCUUAUUGUUUGCAGAAGAGAACCUAUCAUUUACAAGAAGCCAACAAAUAAUGAGGGAUAGGUUCAUUCUUGUAAAAACAAUGAGGAAGUAAAGAGAAGAAGGAGACGAAAUAGGGGAAGAAAUUAAUUCAAAAAUAAAAUUGGGAAAAAUUUUCAAAAUGAGAAAAUCAAUGAGCCAUAUUAAAAUUAAUAACAAUUAAGGAAUUUCUCAGGCAAGAGUAAGUUCAUCAAAAAGUCUUAAAACUUUGGAAAAGAUAAAGCAUUUAAGAGAGAGGCUUAUGAUUAAUUUCAAAGACGCAUCUAAAAAGCUAAGCACUUAAAGCCAUUUGAAGUAUCAAAGAAUAGACAACAUACUCCUCACAAUACAAGCCAAUUUCUAGCUCAAGACUUCAUGAAUAGAAAAUGUUAGGAGAUCUCUAUUGAUAUUGAGUUUUCAGAAAUGAAGGAUUCAACAGAAUAGAACAUUGUUAAUAAAUGGCAAAAUGAGAAAGCUUAAGAAGGAAGGAAUUGUUAAUAGAAAGAAAGAGAAUUCAGACUCGAUAUGUUUGGGGAUUCAUAGUAAUCAACAUCAGUUGGAGACAUUUCAGGAGAAGAAGAUCUCUAUCAAGAAUAGCAUAGACUUUCGAGUCAACCAGGUUUGACAAUGUAAGGAAUGGUAGAUGAAGACAUGUUUACCAUAGAUCUGAGCGAAUCUGAAGAUUCGACUAUCAAUAGUCCCUUAAAGGAUUACUUUAUUACUAACGCAGAUAUAGUUUCAUAGCCUGUAUUAACUAAUCAUUAGACAAAAAUGAUAAGCAUUGAUGAUCUAGACUCUAAUGAGCUGAUGAUGACUAUUGAAUCUAACCAAGAGUUAAUUACUUCUUUGGAAAACGAACUAAUGAAGAAGAUGAACAUGAUUAAAAGGAAUAAACUUGAUCUGGAGUGA